AUGUCGUUUCUUUUACAUUCAGAUAAUACUCCGUCAACUUCAUUCAAAUAUUCAUCAUCAUUCUGUCAACGAUCAACUGCAACACUUUCGCCACAAUCAUCAACGAUAUUACCAUCAAAACGAUGCAAUCAUACUUCAUUGGCUUUUAUUGAACAUUAUCCUUUACCAGAUUCAAAAUUAACAAAAGCUGAAGAAGUAAUAUCAGCAACAAACAACAAUGAUUCAUGCAUAAAUGUGUCAAAUUUGAUGUCAUCCUCUACCUCAAUGGCGAUACCAGCACCUUUGUCAUUAUCACCAAUGUAUCAACAAGUUUGGAGAGAAUUGCAACGUCGAAGUGAAAUAUUACGUCAACAAGUAUUUCAGAAAGAAAUGGAACUUCGUGAAUUACAUCUUAAAAGAUCAUUACGUAAUGAUAAAUGUUGA